AUGGCCGACAGCGCCCCAGCAACAGAUGCGCCGGUGGCCAUCUUCAAGCGGCGCGGCGCAAAGGGCAAAGCCAACAUCCGCAAAAGACCCGCAACACCGCCGCCCGUGAACAGCGACUCCGACUCCGACUACUCAUCCUCCGAAGACGAAGCAGGCCAGCGGGUCAAGAGGCGAAAGACAAAGGCAGGCGCCAUCACGGCCUCGUCCAAGGACAUCGCCAAGUCGAAACAAGACCUUUCCGCCACAGUAUUUACCGCCGAUCGCAGCGUGCCCAUAUCAGACUCCAACGAUGCCACGAAACAAAGCAACUGGUACGACGAGGAUGGCAAGGACGCUCUUUCAUCAAAAAACCUACUAGGCAGCUCGCGAGCUGUCGCAAAGACAUCGCAGGCCCCCGACGGAACAUACAAGGGGCUGGCGAACCAGACUUCGUUCAUCACGAAGAACCCAGACGCCCCAAACAAGACAGUUGGCCCCAUCAAGGCGCCCACCAACAUCAGGACAAUCACAGUCACCGAUUUCGCACCAGACGUUUGCAAAGACUACAAACAAACCGGUUUCUGUGGCUUCGGCGAUAACUGCAAGUACCUCCACGCCAGAGAAGACUAUAAGCAAGGAUGGCAGCUCGACAAGGAGUGGGAGAACGUCACAAAGGGGAAGAAGAACAUUGCGGGAACCGUCGUUGCCAGCGCGGACCGCACCAAGGCCGACGACGAUGAUGACGACGAGGAGGCCAUGUUGGAGAAUAUCCCGUUCGCCUGUAUCAUAUGCAGGGAGCCUUACAAGGCGCCGAUCAUCACGAGGUGUGGUCACUACUUUUGCGAGCCUUGCGCGUUGAAGAGGUACAGGAAGGACCCCACAUGCGCCGCGUGCGGGUCAGGGACGAACGGCGUCUUCAAUGGUGCUUCGAGGUUGAAGAAGUUGCUGGAUCGAAAGAGGGAGCGCGCAGCGAAGCGGCGGCAGGAGGCCAUAGAAGCAGGGGAGGAAUCAAAGGGCAACUCAUCAGCCACCCAGGCACCGACGUCAACGAUGAAUCUUCUUUAUUCGACCGUCAACACACUCCGCGACCGGUACACGCCGGUAUCGCACAAGUCCACCUUCCGCCAGACGGGCCAAAUCACCCCCGAAGAGUUCGUCGCCGCGGGCGACUACCUCGUCUACAAGUUCCCGACCUGGUCCUGGGGCGACGCCGACGCCGACAGCCGCCGCGUCAGCUACCUGCCUCCUGGGAAGCAGUUCCUCGUCACGCGCAACGUCCCCUGCAACCGCCGACUCGACGACGACUUCGCCGGCGAUGCGGGCCACGAGGAGGCCGUUGUGGAGGGCGGCAAGAGCUCCGGGACCGGCGACGACGAUGAAGACGGCUGGCUUCGCACGGGCGGGCUGGCGAGCUCGCAGCCGCUCAAGGUGAAGGAGGUGCGGACGGUGGACGACUCGGGAAAUGUGGGAGACCGGGAGGUUGUGGAGGAUGACGAUGAGAUUCCGGAUAUGGAGGAUGAAGAUGACGACGAGGCCAUCAUCCGCGAUGCAGGAGACAAUGGAAAGAACAGCGGCCGGCGGACAUACACCCUCUACAUCAUGUACUCAACGUAUUACCGCACACCCCGCCUAUACCUCUCGGGCUACUCGCCCAACGGCCAGCCGCUACCGCCGCACGCCAUGAUGGACGACAUUGUGGGCGACUACAAGGACAAGACGGUGACGCUCGAGGACUUCCCCUUCUUCGCCAACAACAUCAAGAUGGCGAGCGUGCACCCGUGCAAGCACGCGUCCGUGAUGAAGACGAUGCUCGACCGCGCCGACGGGGCCCUGCGCAUCCGGCGCGAGAAGCUGCGCGCCGGCAAGGCCGUCGGUGGGGACCAGGGCAUGGAGGGACUCGUUGACGAGCUGGGCAAGCUGGAUGUCAAGGAUGUUCAGGCCGCUGCCGAUAAGGACGGCGAGUGGGAGGAGGUUGAGCAGAGCGAGGUUGACGAGCAGGAGGUUGCGAUCCGGGUGGAUCAGUAUCUGGUUGUUUUCCUCAAGUUCAUGGCCAGCGUCACGCCUGGUAUCGAGCACGAUUUCACAAUGGGAGUAUAG